AUGCCCUGCUGCCUGAGGCCCUCCCUGCGGAAGACUGCAGUCAUCCUGUGUCUGCUGCUGUCCAGCACCUACCUGUCCCCCGCGUGGGGGCAGGCCAAGAUUCCUUUGGAAACAGUGAAGCUGUGGGCAGACACCUUUGGCGGGGACCUGUAUGACACCGUGACCAAAUACUCAGGCUCUCUCUUGCUGCAGAAGAAAUAUAAGGAUGUGGAGCCCAGCCUGAGGAUCCAGGAGGUGGAUGGCUUGGAGCUGGUGAGGAAGUUCUCAGAGGACAUGGAGACCAUGCUCCGAAGGAAAGUGGAGGCCGUGAAGAAUCUGGUAGAGGCCGCCGAGGAGGCUGACCUGAACCAUGAAUUCAAUGAAUCUCUGGUGUUUGACUAUUACAACGCAGCCCUGGUCAACGAGCGGGAUGCCAGUGGCGAGCACGUGGAGCUGGGGGCUGAGUUUGUCCUGGAGCCCAACGCGCACUUCAGCAACCUGAUGGUGAACACGUCCCUCAGCAGCGUGCAGCUGCCCACCAACGUGUACAACAAAGACCCAGAUAUUUUAAAUGGAGUCUACAUGUCUGAAGCCUUGAACCCUGUUUUUGUGGAGAACUUCCAGAGAGACCCGACACUAACCUGGCAAUAUUUUGGCAGCUCAACGGGAUUCUUUAGGAUCUAUCCAGGCAUCAAAUGGACGCCUGACGAGAAUGGAGUCAUCACCUUCGACUGCCGAAACCGCGGCUGGUACAUACAAGCUGCUACUUCUCCCAAGGAUGUAGUGAUCGUGGUGGAUACAAGCGGCAGCAUGAAGGGGCUGCGGAUGGCCAUCGCCAAGCACACCAUCGCCACCAUCCUGGACACUCUGGGAGAGAAUGACUUUGUUAAUAUCAUCGCGUACAAUGACUACGUCCAUUACCUCGAGCCCUGUUUCAAAGGGAUCCUUGUUCAGGCGGAUCGAGAUAACCGUGAGCAUUUCAAACAUCUUGUGAACGAGCUGAUGGUUAAAGGUGUGGGGGCCGUGGGCCAAGCCCUGAGGGAAGCCUUCCACAUCCUGAAGCAGUUCCAAGAGGCCCGGCAAGGAAGCCUCUGCAAUCAGGCCAUCAUGCUGAUCACGGACGGGGCCAUGGAGGACUAUAAGCCAGUGUUUGAGAAGUACAACUGGCCAGACCGCAAGGUGCGAGUUUUCACUUACCUUAUUGGGAGAGAAGUCACUUUUGCUGACCACCUGAAGUGGAUCGCGUGCAACAACAAAGGCUACUACACGCAGAUCUCCACUCUGGCUGACGCCCAGGAGAACGUGAUGGAGUACCUGCACGUGCUCAGCCGCCCCAUGGUCAUCAACCACGACCACGACAUCAUCUGGACCGAAGCCUACAUGGACAGCAAGCUCGUCACCGCACAGGCACAGAGCAUGAUGCUCCUCACCACCGUGGCCAUGCCAGUCUUCAGCAAAAAGAAUGAAACGCUUGGCGUGCAUGGAUAUGCCUUUUUGAACACCAACAAUGGGUACAUUCUCUCACAUCCUGACCUCCGACCCCUGUACAAAGAGGGGAAGAAACUAAAACCCAAACCUAACUACAACAGCGUGGAUCUCUCUGAAGUGGAGUGGGAGGACCGAGCUGAAAUCCUGAGAACAGCCAUGAUCAAUGGGGAAACAGGUUCUCUCUCUAUGGACGUGAAGGUUCCGCUGGACAAAGGGAAGAGAGUUCUUUUCCUGACCAAUGACUACUUCUUCACAGGCAUCAGUGACACACCUUUCAGUUUGGGAGUGGUGCUGUCCCAGGGCCACGGAGAGUACCUCCUCCUGGGGAACACAUCUGUGGAAGAAGGCCUGCACGACCUGCUGCACCCGGACCUGACCCUGGCCAGCGACUGGAUCUACUGCAUCACAGAUAUCGACCCCGACCACCGGAAGCUCAGCCAGCUGGAGGCCAUGGUCCGCUUUCUGACAGGGGAGGACCCAGACCUGGAGUGUGACAAGGAGCUGGUGCAGGAGGUACUGUUUGAUGCAGUGGUGACAGCCCCCAUGGAAGCCUACUGGACAGCGCUGGCUCUCAACAUCUCUGAGGAGUCCGAGCGCGUGGCGGACAUGGCCUUCCUGGGCACCCGGGCGGGCCUCCUCCGAAGCAGCUUGUUCGUGGGCUCUGAGAAGCUCUCCGACAAGAAGUUCCUGACCGCUGAGGACAAGGCCAGCGUGUUUACCAUGGACCACUUCCCUCUGUGGUACCGCCAGGCCGCCGAGCAGCCUGCUGGCAGCUUUGUCUUCAACCUCGGCUCAGCAGAGGGGCCAGAAGGUCCAGAUGAGCCGGUGGUAGUAACAGCAAGCACAGCUGUAGCCGUGACAGUGGACAAGAAGACAGCCAUUGCUGCAGCGGUGGGCAUCCAAUUGAGGCUGGACUUCCUGCAGCGCAGAUUCUGGGCAGCCGUGAGGCAGUGCAGUGCGGGGGAUGGGCCGUGCCCGAAGAGCUGCCGGGAGAGUGACCUGGACUGCUUCAUCAUCGACAACAACGGGUUCAUUCUGAUCUCAGAGAGGUCCCGGGAGAUGGGAAGAUUUCUGGGGGAGGUGGACGGUGCUCUCAUGACCCAGCUGCUCAGCACGGGGGCGUUCAGCCAAGUGACCAUGUACGACUACCAGGCCAUGUGCAAGCCCCCGAGUCACCACCACAGCGCCGCCCGGCCCCUGGUCAGUCCCAUCUCUGCCCUCCUGACUGCGACCAGAUGGCUGGUGAAUGAACUCUUGCUGUGA